AUGCCGGGCAAAAUUGACGCCUACGUCGAUUGCGUAUCGCCGUAUUCAUACUAUGCGACGCUAUACCUUAGGAAGAAUCGCAAGGCAUUAGAGUCGCAUGGUAUCGAGAUUGAAUUCCAUCCGGUCUUCCUUGGCGGUAUCAAUGUCGGAUCAGGAAACAAACCCCCCUGGACCCUCCCCGCCAAAGCAGCGUACUCCAAAUUCGACUCAGCGCGAGCCUGUAAAUACUUUGGCGUUGAGCCGAUCCAACCACCUUCUUUCUUCCCAAUCCUCUCAAUCCUGCCCCAACGCUGCAUGAUAUACAUCAAACUCAACCACCCGCGCGAAAAAUACGAAACAACCUUCCUCUCCCUAUGGGAAUCGAUGUUUUAUAAGGGCAUUGACAUCAGCAAGCCAGAAAACCUAGCAGAAGUCUUCCGAAGCAAUGGAUACUCCGAUGCCGAGAUUAAGGAGAUCCUCGCUUCGGCGGCCAAGGCUGAAUUCAAGGAGGCUUUGACGGCUAAUACGCAGACUGCGCUGGAUAAGGGUGCGUAUGGUGCACCAUGGUUUUGGGUGAAGAAUUCUGAGGGGAAGGAGGAGCCUUUCUUUGGAAGUGAUCGGUUUGCGUUUAUGUGGAUGUACCUUGGAUUGCCGUUCCAGGAUGUUGCUAUUGUUGAGGGAAGUGAGAAGUCGAAGCUUUAG